AUGUAUGCGAUUGUGUUGGAUGUAGCCAAAUGCCAGGCGGCGAGCCGGGCGGCGGCGCGAGGCUCGAGCGGCUCGUCAUCGCCGCGGUCGUCGUCGUCAUCGUCGUCGUCCGACUCUGAGUUUGAGACCCGCAAGGACACGAUGGCGCAAGUGGCGACCCGCGACGGAUUGGUGAGCGCGCUGCAGCGGGCGGGAUGCUCGGUCAAGUCUGGGAUGAGCGAGAACGGGAGCGCUGAGUAUGUUGUUGUGGGAUGCACCAUGUCGAUGCUGUUUCCGGUGGCGGAGCGGCUGGGAGUCCAAAUCCGGCUGGCAUCGCUAGCAUCUGUGCUGCGAUGGGAGCGGUUCCAGAGCUGCAAUGUGAGCCACUACCGGCGUGGGCCGGGAGGUGAUCUGUUUGAGCCGGCGGAGCAAGUCCGGCUGAUGCGAGUGCUGCUCGAGACGACGCCCGAGAGCGGCGGGGCGGGCGUGGAUCUCACUUCUGACGAGCGGCCAGACUUUGUGGUCGACGCCUUUCCUCUCCACGACAGCCGGGCUGUGGACGCGCUGAUGCGCGAUUGGGUCAAGGCGCCGGUCUCGCACGUGACGGAGCAGCCUCUGGAGGAAAUCAAGGAGUACUUUGGGGCCGAGGUCGGCAUGUAUUUUGCGUUUUUGGGCCACUACGCGCGGUGGCUGGUGGCACCGGCGGUGGCGUCUGUGUGCGUGGCGAUUGCACAGGCACUGACCUGGCACGACUCGCUUGCGGUCCCGAUUUACUGCAUUCUGCUCAUGCUCUGGGUCACACUCAUGCUUGAGUUCUGGAAGCGCGACCGCAACGCACUGCGGUACAUGUGGGGCCUGGAGCACUUUGGCGACCACGAGGAAGAGCGGCUGGCGUACCGCGGGGUGCCGCGGGUCGGCACCUACGUAGACGGGCAGUUUAUCUCGCUGCACGGGGUGAUGGCAACGCUGCGCAGCGAGCUUGAGGCGAGCCAGCAGUUUGAGUCAGCGUACACGGUGCGCUACUAUCCGGUGUGGCGGCGGCGGCUGACGCAGGUGCUCUCGAUGCCGAUUGUGGCGUUUUUCCUUGCCCUUGUCCUCAUCACCACCAUAUCUGUCCUCAUUCUUCGGAUCAUUCUGGGGCGGGUGGGCCUGUGGGGCGGCGGGUAUAUUGCCGGCGCCAUCAACGCGCUCACCAUUUUUGUGCUCAACCGGGUGUACGCCUCGGUGGCGCUUAUGCUCAACUCAUGGGAGAAUCACCGGACCGACGCCGAGUUUGAGCGGCAUCUCAUCAACAAGGUCUUUGCCUUUCAGUUUGUCAACGCGUACGCCUCACUCUUCUACAUUGCGUUUUUCAAGACCUCGAACAUCUUUGGCAAGUUCCAGGACAAUUGCGCGCGCGACGACUGCGUCAUCGACCUUGGUGUGCAGCUCUUUGCCAUCAUGACUUCACGGCAGCUGCUCGGGGCGAUUGUCGAGUUUGCGAUGCCGUGGGCGUACGCGCGCGGGCAGCAGGCAAGCGCAUGGGUGGGCGGGAAGCUUGGCGGGAGCUCGAGCGGGAGCGCGGCAGCAGGAGCAGCGGUCGGCGGGAGCGCGGCAACGCUGCCGCUCUCGGGCGCGGAGCGGGCGGCGGUCGAGCGCGAGGCGCAGCGGGCGGCGCUGACGCGGACGAUCUCACAGUAUGCGGAGAUUGUGACCCAGCUAGGAUAUGUGCUGCUCUUUGCGGCGGCGUUCCCAUUGGCGGCGGUCUUUGCGCUUGCCAACAACGUGGUGGAGAUCCGGACCGACGCGGUGACGCUGCUCAAGGCGUACCAGCGGCCGCUGCCGCACGCGACGUCGGCCAUCCAGGAUCAGUGGUUUUUCCUGCUGCAGGUCCUCGCGGUGGUGGGCGUCCUCACCAACUGCGCCAUCAUGAUGUGGACAAGUAAGUCGAUUGCCGAGGCGACCGGGGCCUCGCGCUACGGCCGGCUCCUUAUCAUUGUGGUCGUCGAGCACAUUGUCCUCGCAAUCAUGUUUACAGUCCGAUCGCUCAUUCCCGACUCACCGGCGUGGGUCACCACUACUGCGCUCCGGUCCCAGUUUGAGCAAGUUCGCGCCUACGAGCGGCUUUGCCAUGCUGAACGCGAGAAGGCUGCGGCUGCGCUCAAGGCGCGCAAGGCGCAGCUGCGGAUCAAGUACAAGUCGCGGUAUCGCGGCCGCACGCGGGCUGGCCCCGCACAGCCGGGCGGUGCGCGGUCGUGAUCCCAGCCUUGAUACACCAUUUCAUUUUAAAAGGCAUCGUCGAGCG